AAUCUCUCGACGAGGAGGGGUUUGACAGUGGAAAGGCAGGACUGCAUCUCGGCUACGCUACAUAUCCAAGCCUGGCAGCUUGCAAUGAAACACUAGCGGAUUGUCAGCUGAAAGUAUCUGCAGAUCCUUGGCUGCAUCACCCCAGCAGUAAGGUGUAGACGUCAGCAAGAUGGUGGCCCUGUCGCUGAAGAUAUGUGUGCGCCAGUGCAACGUGGUGAAGACCAUGCAGUUCGAACCCUCGACUGCAGUCUACGACGCCUGCCGGAUCAUCAGGGAGAGGGUUCCGGAGGCACAGACUGGACAGGCCUCAGACUAUGGGCUCUUCCUUUCGGACGACGAUCCCAGGAAAGGAAUCUGGUUGGAGUCGGGAAGAACCCUGGAUUACUACAUGCUCCGGAAUGGGGACAUUCUCGAGUACAAGAAGAAACAGAGACCACAGCGCAUUAGAAUGCUGGACGGCGCCAUUAAGACCAUCAUGGUCGAUGACUCCAAAACCGUGGGCGAGCUGCUCGUCACCAUAUGCAGUAGGAUAGGAAUCACCAACUACGAGGAGUACUCGCUGAUCCAGGAGCAGGUGGAGGAGCGGCGGGAGGAAAGCUCGGCGACGCUGCGGAAAGACAGGUCCCUGCUGAGGGACGAGAGGAAGAUGGAGAAGCUGAAGGCCAAGCUCCACACAGACGACGAUCUGAACUGGCUGGAUCACAGUCGGACGUUUCGAGAGCAGGGCGUGGAGGAGAGUGAGACGCUGCUGCUCAGGCGUAAGUUCUUCUACUCGGAUCAGAACGUGGACUCCAGAGACCCGGUGCAGCUCAACCUUCUCUAUGUGCAGGCACGGGAUGACAUCUUGAACGGAUCCCACCCCGUGUCUUUCGACAAAGCCUGCGAGUUUGGCGGAAUCCAGGCCCAGAUUCAGUUCGGACCGCACGUGGAGCACAAACACAAGCCGGGGUUCCUGGACCUGAAGGAAUUUCUGCCAAAAGAGUACAUUAAGCAGAGGGGGUCUGAAAAGAAGAUCUUUCAGGACCACAAGAACUGUGGGGAAAUGAACGAGAUUGAGGCCAAAGUGAAGUACGUGAAGCUGGCCAGGUCCCUCCGCACAUACGGCGUGUCUUUCUUCCUGGUGAAGGAAAAAAUGAAAAGCAAGAAUAAGCUGGUCCCACGGUUGCUGGGCAUCACCAAAGAGUCCGUCAUGCGUGUGGACGAGAAGACCAAAGAUGUGGUCCAGGAGUGGCCGCUCACCACGGUGAAGAGAUGGGCUGCCUCCCCCAAGAGCUUCACGCUGGAUUUCGGCGAGUACCAAGAGAGCUACUACUCUGUCCAGACGACGGAAGGGGAGCAGAUCUCUCAGCUCAUCGCGGGAUACAUCGACAUCAUCCUGAAGAAGAAGCAGAGUAAGGAUCGUUUUGGCCUGGAAGGCGAUGAGGAAUCCACCAUGCUGGAAGAAUCAGUCUCUCCAAAGAAGUCCACCAUCUUGCAGCAGCAGUUUAACCGCGUGGGUCGGGUGGAGCACGGCUCAGUGGCCCUGCCCGCCGUUAUGCGCUCGGGUUCGGUCGGGCCCGAGUCCUUCAACACGGGCUCCAUGCCCACGGCCCAGCAGCAGGUCACCAUGGGCCAGAUGCACAGAGGACACAUGGCCCCCCUGAGUUCUGCCCAGCAGGCCCUGAUGGGCACCAUUAACACCAGCAUGCAGGCCGUCCAGCAGGCUCAGGCCGACCUGGGCGAGGUGGACACCCUCCCCCCUCUGGGGCAGGACAUGGCGUCCCGGGUCUGGGUCCAGAACAAAGUGGACGAGUCCAAGCACGAAAUCCACUCCCAGGUGGAUGCCAUCACUGCCGGGACGGCGUCCGUCGUCAACCUCACCGCAGGCGACCCCACAGACACGGACUACACGGCGGUGGGCUGUGCCAUCUCCACCAUCUCCUCGAACCUGACGGAGAUGUCCAAGGGCGUGAAGCUGCUGGCGGCCCUGGUGGAGGAUGAUGCGGGCAGCGGCCAGGACCUCAUGCGGGCCGCCAGGACCCUGGCCGGGGCCGUGUCUGACCUGCUGAAGGCCGUGGAGCCGGCCUCUGGCGAGCCUCGACAGACAGUAUUGACUGCGGCAGGCAGCAUCGGUCAGGCGAGCGGAGACCUCCUGAGGCAAAUCGGCGAGAGCGAGACGGAUGAACGGUUUCAGGAUGUUCUGAUGAACCUGGCCAAAGCGGUGGCCAACGCCGCGGCCAUGCUGGUGCUGAAGGCCAAGAACGUGGCGCAGGUGGCAGAGGAUGCGGCCCUACAGAACAGGGUGAUCUCAGCCGCCACUCAGUGCGCCCUCUCCACUUCCCAGCUGGUGGCCUGCGCCAAGGUGGUGAGCCCCACCAUCAGCUCCCCGGUGUGCCAGGAGCAGCUGGUGGAGGCGGGGAAGCUGGUGGACCGCUCGGUGGAGGGCUGUGUGAAGGCCUGCCACUCAGCCACCGAAGAGGCGGAGCUCCUGCGGCAGGUGGGCGCGGCCGCCAGCGUGGUGAGCCAGGCGCUCGGCGACCUCCUCCAGCACGUCCGCCAUUACGCCAGCCGCGGGGAGCCCAUCGGCCGCUACGACCAGGCCACCGACACCAUCAUGACCGUCACCGAGAGCAUCUUCUGCUCCAUGGGAGACGCCGGUGAGAUGGUCCGCCAGGCGAGGGUUCUGGCCCAGGCGACCUCCGAUCUGGUGAACGCCAUGAGGUCGGACGCUGAAGCGGAGAUCGACGUGGACAACUCCAAGAAGCUGCUCGCCGCUGCCAAACUGCUGGCCGACGCCACUGCCAGGAUGGUGGAAGCCGCAAAGGGGGCCGCGGCCUACCCAGAGAACGAGGACCAGCAGCAGAGGCUGCGGGAGGCAGCCGAGGGGCUUCGCGUCGCCACCAACGCCGCCGCCCAGAACGCCAUCAAGAAGAAGCUCGUCAACAGGCUGGAGAAUGCCGCGAAGCAGGCGGCGGCCGCCACCACACAGACCAUCGCCGCUUCCCAGAAUGCCGCUGCCUCCAACAAGAACACCUCGGCCCACCAGCAACUGGUGCAGAGCUGCAAGGCAGUGGCAGACCACAUUCCUCAGCUGGUCCAGGGGGUCCGCAGCAGCCAGGCCCAGCCUGAGGACCUGAGCGCCCAGCUCACACUCAUCAUCGCCAGCCAGAACUUCCUCCAGCCUGGAAGUAAAAUGGUGACCUCGGCAAAAUCGGCUGUCCCCACGGUGAACGACCAGGCGGCAGCCAUGCAGCUCGGCCAGUGUGCCAAAAACCUGGCCACCUGCCUGGCAGAGCUGAGGACCGCUGCACAGAAGGCCCAUGAAGCCUGUGGUCCCAUGGAAAUAGACUCUGCGCUCACUUCGGUGCAGACGCUGAAGAAUGAACUCCAAGAUGCCAAGAUGGCCGCCGCUGAGGGGCAGCUUAAACCGCUGCCUGGAGAAUCGCUCGAGAAGUGUGCUCAGGACCUGGGAAGCACAUCCAAGGCAGUAGGCUCCUCCAUGGCCCAGCUUCUCACCUGUGCUGCACAAGGGAAUGAACACUACACAGGUGUGGCUGCCAGGGAGACUGCCCAGGCCCUGAAGACCCUCGCCCAGUCUGCCCGUGGUGUGGCUGCCUCCACCACCGACCCCCAGUCUGCGGCGGCCAUGUUGGACUCAGCACGUGAUGUCAUGGAGGGCUCCGCCAUGCUGAUCCACGAGGCCAAGCAGGCCCUGGUUGCCCCCGGCGAUGCCGAGAGCCAGCAGAGGCUGGCGCAGGUUGCCAAGGCCGUGUCUCACUCUCUGAAUAACUGUGUGAACUGCCUGCCGGGACAGAAGGACGUGGACAUGGCCCUGAAGAGCAUAGGGGAGUCCAGCAAGAAGCUUCUGGUGGACGCUCUCCCACCCUGCACCAAGUCCUUCCAGGAGGCCCAGGGCGACCUCAACCAGACGGCCGCUGACCUCAAUCAUUCUGCUGGGGAGGUGGUCCACGCGUCCCGGGGCACCAGCAGCCAGCUGGCGGUAGCCUCUGGGAAAUUUGGCGAGCACUUCGACGAGUUCCUUGAUGCUGGAAUCGAGAUGGCGGGGCACACCCAGAGCAAAGAGGACCAGAUCCAGGUGAUUGGGAACCUGAAAAGUAUCUCCAUGGCCUCCAGCAAGUUGCUCCUGGCUGCCAAAUCCCUUUCUGUGGACCCUGGGGCCGCCAACGCCAAAAACCUGCUAGCAGCUGCUGCCAGAGCGGUGACAGAGAGCAUUAACCAGCUCAUCACACUGUGUACCCAGCAGGCCCCAGGGCAAAAGGAGUGUGACAACGCCCUGCGAGAGCUGGAGGCAGUGAAAGGGAUGCUGGAGAACCCCAACGAGCCGGUUAGCGACCUGUCCUACUUCGACUGCAUUGAGAGCGUGAUGGAGAACUCCAAGGUGCUGGGGGAGUCCAUGGCGGGCAUGUCCCAGAACUGCAAGACGGGCGACGUGCCCGCGUUCGGGGAGUGCGUGUCCGGAGCUUCUAAAGCCCUGUGCGGACUGACCGAGGCGGCGGGGCAGGCCUCUUAUCUGGUGGGUGUGUCCGACCCCAACAGCCAGGCGGGUCACCAGGGUCUGGUGGACCCCAUCCAGUUUGCAAGAGCCAAUCAAGCCAUCCAGAUGGCCUGUCAGAACCUGGUGGAUCCCGGAAGCAGCCCAUCCCAAGUGCUCUCCGCGGCUACGAUCGUGGCCAAGCACACCUCAGCCCUGUGUAACGCCUGCCGUCUGGCUUCCUCCAAAACCACCAACCCUGUGGCUAAAAGGCACUUCGUCCAGUCGGCGAAAGAGGUGGCCAACAGCACCGCUAACCUGGUCAAAACCAUAAAGGCGCUCGACGGGGACUUCUCAGAAGAGAACAGGGACAGGUGUCGAGUUGCCACGGCACCCCUCAUCGAGGCUGUGGAGAACCUGACGGCGUUCUCCUCCAACCCGGAGUUCGCCAGCAUUCCCGCUCAGAUCAGCAACGAGGGCUCAGCUGCUCAGGAGCCCAUUUUGCGCUCUGCGUGCUCCAUGCUGGACAGCUCCACCCAGCUGCUCAACACUGCCCGCUUGCUCGUCAUCAACCCCAAGGACCCGCCCACCUGGUCCAUCCUGGCCGGUCACUCCCGCACCGUGUCCGACUCCAUCAAGAGCCUCAUCACCUCCAUCAGGGACAAGGCCCCAGGACAGAGGGAGUGUGACCACUCCAUCGACAGCAUUAACAAGUGCAUCCGAGACAUCGAGCACGCCUCUCUCGCUGCCGUCAGCCAGAGUUUACCCAGUCGAGAUGACAUUUCACUGGAGGCUUUGCAGGACCAGCUGACAUCUGCAGUGCAGGAGAUUGGCCAUCUCAUUGACCCCAUCACGACGGCUGCACGGGGCGAGGCCGCCCAGCUGGGGCACAAGGUGACCCAGCUGGCCAGUUACUUUGAGCCCUUGGUUGUGGCCUCAGUGGGCAUGGCCUCUAAGCUGCUGGAUCACCAGCAGCAGAUGAUCGUGCUGGACCAGACCAAGACCCUGGCAGAGUCCUCCCUUCAGAUGCUGUAUGCUGCCAAGGAAGGAGGGGGUAACCCAAAGGCGUGUCACACCCACGACGCCAUUGCAGAGGCUGCCCAGCUGAUGAGGGAGGCGGUCGAUGACAUCAUGGUGACCCUGAACGAGGCGGCCAGCGAGGGAGGCAUGGUGGGAGGGAUGGUGGAGUCCAUCGCUGAAGCCAUGGGCAGGCUGGAUGAAGGCACGCCCCCAGAGCCAGAGGGCUCCUUUGUGGACUAUCAGACGACGAUGGUGAAAUACUCCAAAGCCAUCGCAGUCACCGCCCAGGAGAUGAUGGCGAAGUCUGUGACCAGCCCAGAGGAGCUGGGUGGUCUGGCCUCGCAGGUGACCGUGGACUACGGUCAGCUGGCCCUCCAGGGACGUCUGGCGGCCGCCACAGCAGAACCAGAGGAGAUCGGGUUCCAGAUAAAAACCCGGGUCCAGGAGCUGGGUCACGGUUGCAUAUACCUGGUCCAGAAGGCAGGUGCCCUGCAAGUCAUCCCCACGGACAGCUUCACCAAGAGGGAGCUCAUUGAGUGCGCCCGUGCCGUCACUGAGAAGGUUUCCAUGGUGCUGUCGGCCCUGCAGGCGGGGAAUAAGGGCACGCAGGCCUGCAUCACAGCCGCGGGAGCAGUCACUGGCAUCAUCGCAGACCUGGACACCACCAUCAUGUUCGCCUCGGCCGGCACUCUCAACGCUGAGAACAACGAGUCCUUCGCCGACCACAGGGAGAACAUCCUGAAGACUGCCAAGGCGCUGGUGGAGGACACCAAGAUGCUGGUGGCGGGGGCCGCUUCCAGCCAAGACAAGCUGGCCCAGGCGGCCCAGUCCUCCGCCAAGACCAUCACGCAGCUGACCGACGUGGUGAAGCUGGGCUCGGCCAGCAUCGGGUCCGACGACCCGGAGACGCAGGUGGUGCUGAUAAACGCGGUGAAGGAUGUGGCCAAGGCCCUGGCCGAGCUGAUAGGGGCCACAAAAUGCGCGGCAGGAAAGGCGGCCGAUGACCCCUCCAUGUACCAGCUGAAGAGCGCCGCCAAGGUGAUGGUGACGAACGUGACGUCGCUCCUGAAGACGGUGAAGGCGGUGGAGGACGAGGCCACUCGCGGGACGCGCGCGCUGGAGGCCACCAUCGAGUGCAUCAAGCAGGAGCUGACGUUGUUCCAGUCCAAGGACAUUCCGGAGAAGUCCACCACCCCGGAAGAGUUCAUGCGCAUGACCAAGGGAAUGACCAUGGCGACGGCCAAAGCUGUGGCGGCAGGAAACUCCGCCCAGCAGGAAGACGUGAUCUCCACAGCUAAUCUGAGCCGCAAGGCCAUCUCGGAUAUGCUAACCGCGUGCAAGCGAGCAGCGUACCAUCAGGAAGUGAGUGGAGAAGUGCGUGACAGAGCCCUGGUGCUGGGGACUGAGUGUACAGCAGGAUACCUGCAGCUUCUGGAACACGUACUGCAGGUUCUGCAGAAGCCCACGCCGGAGCAGAAACAGCAGCUCAGCUCGUUCUCUAAGCGUGUGGCGAGCGCGGUCACCGAACUCAUCCAAACAGCCGAGGCCAUGAAAGGCACGGAGUGGGUGGACCCAGAAGACCCAACUGUGGUUGCUGAGACAGAGCUACUGGGGGCAGCUGCAUCCAUUGAGGCUGCAGCCAAGAAACUUGAACAGCUCAAGCCAAGAGCCAAGCCCAAGCAAGCAGACGAGAACUUGGACUUUGAGGAACAGAUCCUGGAGGCGGCCAAGUCCAUCGCUGCGGCAACCAGUGCCCUGGUGAAGUCCGCCUCGGCAGCACAGAGGGAGCUGGUGGCACAGGGCAAGGUGGGGUCCAUCCCUGCUAAUGCCGUGGAUGAUGGCCAGUGGUCCCAGGGCCUCAUCUCUGCUGCUCGCAUGGUGGCCGCAGCGACCAGCAGUCUGUGCGAAGCGGCAAACGCCUCGGUCCAGGGCCACGCCAGCGAAGAGAAGCUCAUCUCCUCCGCCAAGCAGGUGGCCGCCUCCACCGCCCAGCUACUGGUGGCCUGCAAGGUCAAAGCUGACCAGGACUCUGAAGCCAUGAAGAGACUGCAGGCUGCCGGGAACGCGGUGAAGCGGGCGUCCGAUAACCUAGUGAGAGCCGCCCAGAAGGCCGCCUUCGACAAGGUGGACGACGACAGCGUGGUGGUCAAGACCAAGUUUGUGGGAGGAAUUGCUCAGAUCAUUGCAGCACAGGAAGAGAUGCUGAGGAAGGAGAGGGAGCUGGAGGAGGCCAGGAAGAAGCUGGCUCAGAUCCGACAGCAGCAGUACAAGUUCCUGCCCACAGAGCUGCGAGAGGAGGGCAACUGAGCCUGGACCUCAAACUGAACCAGCCCAAACCAACCUCACCCAAACUGAACCAGCCCAAACCAACCUUACCCAAACUGAACCAGCCCAAACCAACCUUACCCAAACUGAACCAGCCCAAACCAACCUUACCCAAACUGGACCAACCCAAACCAACAUUACCCAAACUGAACCAACCCAAACUAACCUUACCCAAACUGAACCAGCCCAAACCAACCUCACCCAAACUGAACCAGCCCAAACCAACCUUACCCAAACUGAACCAGCCCAGACCAACCUUCCCCAAACUGAACCAGCCCAAAUCAACCUUACCUAACCUGAACCAACCUGAACCAACCUUACCCAAACUGAACCAACCCAAACUAACAUUACCCAAACUGAACCAGCCCAAACCAACCUUACCCAAACUGAGCCAGCCCAAAUCAACCUUACCUAACCUGAACCAACCUGAACCAACCUAAACCAACCUUACCCAAACUGAACCAACUUAAACCAACCUUACCCAAGCUGAACCGACCCAAAUCAACCUUGCCUAACCUGAACCAGCCCAAACCAACCUUACCCAAACUGAACCAGCCCAAAUCAACCUUACCCAAACUGAACCAACCCAAAUCAACCUUACCUAACCUGAACCAACCCAGACCAACCUUACCCAAACUGAACCAACCUAAACCAACCUUACCCAAGCUGAACCAUCAGAAGCGAGCCUUACCUAAGCUCAGCCAAUGCAACCUUGCCUGACCUAGACUGAACUGACCCAGUCCAACCCAACACUACCUUAAUCAUACUGAUCCAACCCCAACUAACCUUACCUAAACUGAAACAGGCCAACCUUACUCAAGUUGAACCAACCCAAACCAACCUUACCCAAGCUGGACCAACCAAUCAAACCAACCUUACACAAGCUGAACCAACCCAAGCCUAUCUUACCUAAACUGAGCCAAUACAACCUUGCCUGACCUAGACUGAACUGACCCAGUCCAACCCAACACAAGCUUGAUCAUACUGAUCCAACCCCAACCAACCUUACACAAGCUAAGCUGACACAACCUUUGACCCAAUGCAACCCCAAAUGGCCAGUGCAAGCUUUUCUUUCCCAAAAGGCCCUCAUAAGCGGCAACUUGGGAAAGAAAGUGUAUUCCUAACCACAAUGACACAAGCCAACCCAACCUGAUCUCGCCCAAACCAACCUGAUCCAGAUCAACCUUACCUGAAUUGACCAUUCCCACACUGAUUGAGUCCUAACCCACCCAAGGGACUAGACAACCAGGGGAUGUGUGUGUGCACCCUCAGAAAUAAAGGUACGAAAAGUGCCUGAAAAGGUACAAAUGCUUGUCACUAGGUGCCCUAUAGGUAUAUAAAAUGGUCUGUCUAGCUGGCAAGAAAAAUUCAUUUGUACCUUUUUUGUUUGGAAAACAUACUCAUUUGUACCCAAAGUAUCCCGUUCUUUCUGGAUACAUUUGGGAAACAAAAAUGUACCUCCACUGUCACUUUGUUUCUGAGAGUAUGUGUGUGCCUGUGUCAGUCUAUAUGUGGUGUGAUAAAGGCACAUUUUGCAGGAUAGCUCACUCAGUGUGUGAGCUGUCAUAAUCGGCUGGUGUCAGUUUAAGACAACCUUUGAAAAAGCACCGCAUUUCUCUGAAUGCACUGUAAGAUGCAACAGUGAAAGUGUGAAGCAGGUGCCCUGUCAGGUCAUGUCACUCUCACUUUCAUCAUUGGAAUGACUGUAGGUCUAAUAUUAAAGCUAAUCGAUUACAAAUGAUCAUAUAGUCUUUCUGAAGAGGGUUGCUUAAAGCUAUUGUCUUAAGCCUCUUAAAAAGUGUUUCUUCCUACAAGCAGGAAGGAAUUUCAUGAUCGACAGAGUACACACAAGCACACAGACGCAAAAUCUGUCGUUCUCUAUCUUUUCAAGAAAAAGAAAAUACAGUAGUUAUUUUAGCCUUUUGAAGGCACAAACCACAUAGUCUAUCCACAGGAGAUUUCAUGUAGGUUUUCCUCAAGGCCCAAUUCUGCUCACAACUAUUCUAAAAUGUUAUGUUCCUAUCUUGUAUCUAUGUAUGGUGUAUGGUGUGCAGAAAAGCUAUAUUUGGACUGUGAUUGAUCAUUUCUUUUUUACUUUAAUUUCUUUGGAUUUAAUCCAUUCUUCCAAUGGCGUGGUGAGAGUUAGCAUCCUUUUAGCUACUGCAGUUGAGCUCCAUAAACAGAAGCUCACUAGCUUUCUGAACCUACAAUACACCUUAAUUGGAUAUAUUUACAUUUAAAAUCCAAACAUUUUAAAACAUUGCAUAUGUUCAAAUAUGGAAUUAAAAUUUUAGCAUAUGUCAAACAAAUGCACUUAGACUGUGCCCACUAAGUGCUUAUUAUCCUCCAUACUGUAAGUAAUGUAGGACAUUAACGAGGGAGGUGUUUAGCUUUGACUGGUGUGAAUGUCCAAUGAAAAUGCAUUUUUUCUCAGCCUCCUUCACCCUUUGUGGCCCACAGACUGGGAACAAUUGCUGUAAAAACACAGAUACUUCUAUUUAUUUUGAAGAUGGCCAUAUUAUUCUGGCAACCAGCGAUGUCUAUUGGUCGCACCGACAGCUUGUAUACCCAUGUUAUUUAUGGUUGAGGUAAAGCUCUGUAAUGUGAUCAAUUUUUACUAGAGUAAAAUGGAUCUUUUCUUACAGUUCUCCAUCACUCAAACAGCCAGUUGGAGAACUACAUUUUAAGAAGGUCUAUUCAAUAUGUAUGCCUGCACAGACUGCACUCAAGAGUGCAAUACAUACAGUAGUAUCUACAUUCAAGUCAGAUUCUUGUUUUUCUGUAUCUCUGCUAUAUGGUGAGCCAGUAAGGGGUUCUUAAACUAAUCUCAAGAUCCCUAAAACAAUCACAACGUUGCAGAAAACCACAAAGUAAUGAGAUGCAUAACAUUAUACUCAAUACUCAAUACAGACUGCAACACAGUGGCUGCUUAAGUACAUGGAAUCAUGUCUAAAUUGUUAUGUCACUGUACCAUGGAUCGGUGUAUUUAGCAAUAGAUAUAAGCCAGACAGUUUAUUUUAUCCGUUAAUGAAACAGUGUGUUAUUUAUCAAAUGUGAAAAUGGAAACAGGAUGUUUUCUCUCCUUGGGGGUCCUGCUCUGUCACUGUUCCUCAGUGUUUAUUCAGUUACACAGGGUAUUAUUAACAUUGAGAGCCCUGGGUGCAUACAGAAAUACUAGCUCUAGAUCUACAGUGAAGCUUCCCAGCUGUGCAGUCCAGCACAUUCUGGGUCCGAAUUCCUCUGCCCGCCUUUGAAGGCUACAGAGAACCCGGACCAGGGAGGCUUAUUUCCAUACUGGCAAAUCAGACGCAUUCAGCGACAGCUACUGAAUAUGUACAUGUGCAACUCAUCCCUUGUGUUUAAAAGGUUUUAUUUUUAAGGCUGCAUUUAGCAGUGAGUGGUAUGGAGACGUGAUGGAACUUCUUCCUGACUUUGUACAGCCCGUGUUAACGGUUCUCAGCAACAAGAGUCGACACAUUCAUAAAGUGUCUUUGUUUAGCGAGUGGUCUUUCAUCGAUGGAACCUCUGGUACAGAACGCUGUAAAUGAUGGAGACUCUAUCGGGAUUGGCAUCCCAACGAUGGUAGUGCUGGAGACCCUUCUGUGUUUUUAGAUUCCGGUGUGAAGAAUGCUGUUGUUUUUAAUUUACAAUUUAUUCAUUUAGCAGACUGUUGGGGUUGCACUCCUGAGUCCGACAGCCGGGUUUUUCCCCUCCACUUCCCUGGUAGAUAAACUGCUACCUUCUGUGGCUCCAGUGGGUUCUGCUUUUAAGGGCUUUUUAGUUUUACCUUUAUUUAAUAAUUUCACCACAUUUUCAUUCCUUUGGGCUGGGGAGUUCUGUCAGGACAGGUGAAUUUAUUUUGAGACUCGGCAGUUCCACUUUUGUUCAUGGUACCAUGGUUCUCGUUGUAUUUCAUUCCUCUGCCUAUUGAUUCCCUGUCAUGGUCUCCAGACAAACAGAACUGGGCUCAGGUCAUUGUGAAAAACGUUGUUUAUAGAUGUUAUUACAAAUACCCCGCCAUUAAAUUCCCCCCAUUCAUAGUGUGAGAUAAUGACACGAUACCCUUGCUGCAUUGAAUAUUCAGAUGUAUGGCCGAUGUUGGACUCGACAUAAAUAACCCCUCUUACUCUUGCGGGUGCUGUAGGCAUUUCUCAUUUUGAAGCACUCGGUAUCCUGACCGCAUUUCUGCUGACUCCUGCAAUAUUUCAGCCUCAGCCCUAUGCUAAAUUACGAGAGCAAGAAACCCGAACGCCUCCCUGAACGAUGCAAGCGUUCCCUCACCGGGUCCCACAUCACUGCCCAUGACAGUUUCUUUAAUGAAAUCUCUUCCAUGAGCCCCUUGUCCCUGGAGAGUUUCUGGUCCGGGCUGUGUCGCGUAUUAGUGCCUUAGUCUGUUGCCCUCGAAGUCUCUCACUUGCUAGAACUGCAGUUUGUCCCUCCAGUUACGGGGGUGGAGGGUGGGGGGUCUGCCAUUUUGUUCCAGACUCAGACCUGGUCUGACCCUGUCCUAAUAGGUCACGGUCAUCCAGGCACUCCGCUGUACUCUUCCAUAUCAGAGCCUUCAUCCGUUGCUUAUUCAGCAUUGCCUUGGAGCACUGCAGAGUUGUCUGGCAGUCAAAUAAUGUGCAGAUGGAUGAAAAGUAGUUUCUGGACUGCAUUUCAAGAGCAUGUGCUAAGAUGCUUUUGAGCUCUGACAGAAUUGUUUUUCAGUCUUGUAUAAGUAUUAACAAGACUGUAGAGUUGAUGUCUUAUAUGUGACACAUCUCAAGUUGGACUGACUUCCUGGUUCCCUUGUCUUUUUGUUGCCACUAUGAAUAUUGUUUGUUUGUUUGUUUUUAUUGUAAUAAUAAUAAAUGUAAGGAAGAUAUAAAUCUCAUUGAUACAGCUUAUUGUGAUGUAUUUUACUGGAAAAUGAUAAGACUCGUACUUGUAUUGGAGCUGUUGUUGUUUGCUGUUCCAUUGAAGGACUGAAGUAGUUGUCAGAGAAUUACAGUGAGAGGAGACGUAAAAAUAUGCUGUAUGUAAACUAUUUAUCUGGCCACAAAAAAUAUUUUUUGUAUUCACUGAAAAUAAAGGCUUUCAAAUUACA